UCUCACAGCAUAAUCGAACUCUCUGUCUCUCGCCUACAACUUCGGUAUCGGGUCGGCGAUGGCGAACCCUAAUCUGAUAGCCGGCUGCGUGUUCCAACCCACCGGCCGUGAGCUCGUCAACCACUACCUCGUCCCCAGGGCGGGGCUCGGCGGCGACAUCGUCCCCGGCUUCAUCGAGGAGGGCGUGGACGUCUUGUCCUUGCCCCCGCGCAAGCUCCCCUUCCGGGAGAACCACAAGAGGGAGUAUGGCGAGGUGUGGGGCUUCUUCUUCGCGGCGCAGCCCGCCAGGCAGACGUGCCCGCCGCCAGGCGCGGGCGGGUACUGGGUCCAGUACGGCCCCGAGAAGGCGUACUACGGCCAGACCGGCGGGGAGGCGGUGGCGUUCCGGCGCAGGUUCGCGUACCGCUUCACGUGGAAGGGCGGGGAGGUAAGGUCGCCGACGCGCUGGCUGAUGAAGGAAUACCGGAUCAACAGGGGCUCGGCCGCCUUCCGCCACGCGCACCCAGACCCCGUGGCGCCGGACGUCGUCUUCGUGGUCAGCAAGGUCUACCGGAAGCCGGUGCUCCCCCCGCCUGUCGACAGCAGCUCCAGCGAGGAGGAGGGCUCCGAGCGCUCCAUCGUGCUGAAGAAGAGGCGCUAGCAUUAUGCAACUGCAUGUUGAUUUCUUCAGAGAUGUUGUGUCUGUUUCUUGUUUCAUUUCAGUUCUGGAUUGUGCGCUCCAUCUAGUUGAUUCCUCCGUUUCGUUCAAAGUACAGCUGUAAUCUGCCUCCCUUGCAGCAUCUGUAGAACAGUUCGGACGUAUUAUCACCGUUUCAUUUUAUGAUUUAGGUUUUAUGUAUUGGUCUAAUGUCUUCGCAUCUGAAUGAUUUUAGACUUUAUGACUGGUAUUUAGGAG